AUGUCUUCGCACUCUGAUGCCCCCAUCAAACCGGGAUGCAAGCAAUGUGAAGAUGGUAUUAUUGAUAGUGGCACGAGUGCUACAACACCCACGCUAUAUGCUGAAUGUGAAUCAUCAGGCCUUAAGCAUUCGAAUGUUUCGAACAGCCCUUCAGAUUGUACAGUAUCCUCCAAAAUUGGAGAUCGUCAGGUCUCUGGAAGUGACAAGAAAAACCCCCUGUCGAACAAGAAGCAGAAGCUGGAACAUCUAAGCAAUUUCACUUCUUCUGGGCACUCCGAGAUGGAAAAACUCCUAGCAAAGCUCUCGCCUAAGCCGCAGUCGACUACUCUGAAGUAUCCUGCAGAUCAAGAGAUCGUUGCAACAUUACCGGACAGGCAGGAUUUGCUCAGAACACACACUCACACGUUUCCCCACCACAGGAUUCUUUCAGGAGAUGAUUCAGGGCUGAUUACAGCCUCAAGUAUUCAGCGACCUAGGGGUGUACCGCACUCGGUAGAUGUUGGAAAAACAGACACCGUAUCGGUCGAUAUGUGCGAGGUACUACGUUUAAAGCAAGAAUUGCUUGUCGCUAAUUCUAAGAUUGCCCUCCAGGAGCAGGAACUGGCCCAGACACGCGUGAUUAAACAUACCUUGGACCAGGCACUUGGGCCACCCUCUGAAACCGACUUCAAUGGAGAAGUCACAGAACAAACGAUAAGUACUCUCCAGAGCGCCCUUAAUUCAUCCAACCCAACAUAUAGUCAGUUGCAAGCUGAGUGGAAUGCUCAGGAUGAUUCGCAAUCAGAUAUGUCCGAUGCACUCUCCGCCGGAGCAUACAAUAGAGCUCGGGGGUACUGGAAUCCUCCCACGCAGCAAGCGUGUAGUACGGCUCUUAGUGCCCCCAUUGCUGAAAGAUCAUAUGGCGAGCCUAUGUCUUUUCCAAGUGGUAGCUCACUCGGGGGAGAUGCGAAUCGAUUUUGGGGUAACUCGAGCACGAAUCCCAGCGUAGCUGGACACGACGCUUUUCGAUCCCAUCGUGUGUUAUCAGGGCCAUCAAGUGGGGUUUACGCCUUCGACACAAAAGUUCCUGAAGAACAGGUGAGAUUCCUCGAAGAACCCGGGCUUGCGCCACGCCGUUCAAUCACUCAAGCCAGCCGCACUGGACCAUUUUUUCAAACACAAAGCUCUGCUUGGAGUGCAUUUAGUCCCAGCUCUUCUGAAUCCCAUGGUCCGAGGUCCCCUGUGAAUAGAUCCAAAAACACAUACCAACAUGUCGGUCUAUUCCCCAUCCCUCAAUAUCAUCAGCGACCUGUUGGGACACCACUUUCACCCACGGCGACUGAGUUCACUGCUUCCAACGCUAGCUUAUGUUGCCAGGUGGGAGGUAGUACCCACCAAACAUACAUCUCGCCCCUCGAACCAAUCAACUACCGCCGGCUCCUUGACAGGAAUGUUUCUUGUGAUUGGAGAUAUAUCGUUGACAAGAUCGUUUGCAACAAUGAUCAACAAGCGUCAAUAUUCCUGCAACAGAAGUUGAAAGUAGGGACCACAGAGCAGAAAUAUGAUAUUAUAGAGGCCAUAGUACACCAAGCCUAUCCCCUGAUGGUCAAUCGUUUUGGCAACUUUCUAGUGCAACGAUGUUUCGAACACGGAACCCCAGAGCAAGUCGUGUCAAUCGCCAAUGCGAUCAAGGGAAAUACUUUAAGCCUCAGUAUGGAUCCGUUUGGCUGUCACGUCAUACAGAAAGCCUUUGAUUGUGUUCCCGAAGAACAUAAGGCAAUAAUGGUUCAUGAGCUUCUACGCAGAAUCCCAGAAACUGUCAUUCACCGGUAUGCCUGCCAUGUCUGGCAAAAACUCUUCGAAUUACGUUGGAGUGGGGAGCCACCCCAGAUAAUGACCAAAGUAAACGAAGCACUGCGUGGCAUGUGGCAUGAAGUCGCCUUAGGUGAGACAGGAAGCUUGGUAGUCCAGAAUAUCUUCGAAAAUUGCGUUGAGGAUGAGAAGCGUCCAGCGAUUGAAGAAGUGCUAGCAAAGAUUGAUAUGCUUGCACACGGUCAAUUCGGAAACUGGUGUAUCCAACAUAUCUGUGAGCAUGGUGCUCCUCAGGAUAAAACUCGUGCAAUAGAGCACAUUGUCAUUUGGUCUGUGGAUUAUAGCAUGGAUCAGUUUGCCUCCAAGAUUGUAGAGAAAUGUUUGAAAAUAGGGGGUACAGAGUUUCUGGACCGCUACCUUGCUCGAGUCUGCACCGGCCGAACUGACCGUCCGAGAAUGCCUCUGAUUGACAUUGCUGGGGAUCAGUAUGGAAAUUAUCUAAUCCAAUGGAUCUUGAUGAAUGCUGCACCACAUCAGCGUGAGCUGGUUGCCAGCCAUAUUCGGAAACAUAUGGUAUCUCUGCGGGGUUCCAAGUUUGGUUCACGUGUGGCUAUGCUCUGCUGCAAUCCCUCCCAUACAACUCGCCCAGGACCAGGUUCUGGGAUGCCACAUGGAGGCCGUUUCAGCCGAGGAAACCAGUGGAAUCCCAACUAUCCACCGUUUCGCUGA